AUGAAGUUCGGAAGAAACCUACCACGAAACCAGGUCCCCGAGUGGGCGGCCUCGUACAUCAACUACAAGGGCCUUAAGAAGCUUGUGAAAGCGGCAGCAGAGAAAGCAAAGAAUGGAGACAAGGUGGAUCCUGCAGAAUUCUUUUUCGCUCUUGAUCGAAACCUCGAAGAUGUCGACUUUUUCUACAACAAGAAACUCGCAGAGUUCUGCCGCCGGCUGAACCUCCUCCAGAACCGAUAUGGACGAACCUCCGAUGUUGUAGCUACCCUGGACCAGGACGAAGUUGAGGAAGUCAUGGGUGCUCUUCUUGAGCUGAGAAGUCAGUUUCGAAAUCUGCAAUGGUUUGGUGAGAUUAACCGUAGGGGUUUUGUAAAAAUCACCAAGAAACUUGACAAGAAGGUCCCGGACCUUGUGACUCAACGCCCUUAUAUCACAACAAAGGUCGAUGUGAAGCCUUUCGCAAAGGAAGCCAACACCGCGAGACUUCUCAAUGAUAUCAACAAGUGGAUGUCUGUGCUUGCAGAGGCCCAGACCUUCAAUGAUACAAUGUCCGAGCAUUCGACCCGUUCGCUCGGGCGGGCUUCAGCCAAGGGUAUGCUGAGUUUACCCCAAGCUCAACUUGAUGCCCUCGACCAAGCCGUACGAAAUGACGAUGUUUCUUCUCUUGAAACUGGCCUCAAAGAGAGCAACGCUGCCGAAGAUGGUGCUCAACCGCUUCUGUUGGGUCUUUUACAGCGAUCCAUCUCCUCCCGCUCGAAAGAAUGUAUCACUUUCCUCCUCGCUAAUCUGAAGAGUCUUGACGAACCAGAUGACAUCAACAGCCGCAACUGUAUCCAUCGUUUAGUCAUUCACAUUGGUCGUACAAAAUCCGGCAAUGCAGAGAAAGAUCCCAAAUCCCACCCUGUGCCCGCGGGCUCACAAUUCAGCAACAAGCAUCUGCAACCUGGUGUAACAACCUCCACAGCCGUGAAAUCAUUGAAUCAGAACGAGGUCCUACUCCUGGAUAAAGACGACGAGGCCGUUCAACUCUUCAUCUUCUUACUGGAGCAGCUCCGUCCGGAGCAAAGGGUCGCACUUAAGAGCCGCGAUUCCUUUGGGCGCAUGCCGCUCCACUAUGCAGCCCAGUUUGGAAUUGUAGUUGUGUGCCAAAUUAUCAUGUUCAAGAUGCAGGAGUGGAACCAAUUCCACGUCAAGGAUGGACUUGAUACACCUGAGUGGCAGGACAACGACGGUUAUGCGCCUCUCCAUCUCAGUGUCGUGGGAGGCCAUCCCCUUACAACCAAAGCUCUCUUGAAGGGCGAGAACUGGGAGGGAAGCAGCAAAUACAAGGCCGACAUCCGGAAGUCCAUCGCCAAAUCGGGGGCUGUACUGGCCAUUGCUACAAAGUCUAACUACAGUACCAUUGUGCAGCUUCUCAUAGAUGCUGGUGUUGAUAUCAACUGGAAAGAUAAAACCGACGAGACUGCUCUUCACGUUGCAGCUAGAUUCGGACAUGAAGAAUGUGCUCGAAUCAUAUUGAAGGGAACCCAGGACCAAAAGGCAGACCUUCAGGCCACGGAGAGUACCUACUCAUGGACCCCUCUCCACGUUGCCGCUGUCGAUGGCAGGUACAACGUAGCCGAGCUUUUGGUUGAAGCUGGAGCGGAUGCCACUCUUCUGGACUCGUCUGGCUGGACAGCGAGAGAGCAUGCUGCGUUGAGGGGUCAUAUGGACAUUGCAAGGUUGCUCGAAACUGACGCAGCUGAAGUUGAAUCUCCUCCUACCAGACCCGUCGACACGUUGCAGCCAACCCCCUCGGAUGUGUCAUCCAUUGACGAGCGUCGCUCAAACGGCAACGGAACAACCAGCGUGCCUCGUGCCCCCGACGCCAUCAAGAGUUUUGGUCAUCGGUACCUGACUAAUGAGAGUCUUGUUCUUGUGAGUCUUGGUUCGAUGGACAUGCGAAAGAAUGUUGAGCCAGUCAGUUUGGACCGUGUUCCACUUACUGAAGCUCACAACACACAACUUGACACCGCCCUAUCAAUCGUUGUAUCUGCUACGGGCGCCCAGGGUGAACCCACUAUUAUCGACCUCCCGGUCCAUGAUAGCAUCGCUACUGAGCCUAUUGUUUUUACGACAACGGAUGCGGCCAAGGUUAAGCUUCUCUUCGAUAUUGUUCCAACGUACUCGGGCAAUGACAAGAACAAGGUUGGACGUGCAGUAGCACUACUGUCGUCCGUGAAGCCAACGCUAGGUUCUCGCCGCGUGAAUCUUCAGGGAGACGUCUGUGUUCCCAUCAUGUCAAGUAGCUUUGAUGUCAUUGGCACUGUCAACUUCAACUUCCUGGUCAUUACCCCUUUCCAUCAUCCCAAAAUGGAAAUCAACUCGCGGCAGACAUACUGGAAGAAACUAGAGUCGACGAUGCUGAUCGGCCAUCGAGGACUCGGUAAAAACUUGACAAGCAACAAGUCUCUCCAGCUUGGAGAGAACACUUUGCCAUCGUUCAUCGCAGCGGCAAACUUGGGAGCUCACUAUGUCGAGUUUGAUGUUCAGUUGACCAAGGAUCAUGUUCCAGUCAUUUACCACGACUUCCUUGUCAGUGAAACAGGCAUCGAUGCUCCUGUCCACACUUUGACACUAGAGCAAUUCCUGCACAUCAACUCCGACAAGAAUCGAGAAACUAAGCAGCAAACUAAGAAGAAGCCUAUGCCCACAGGCGAUUCGGGUGAUUUCCGAGCCCGCAGCAACAGUCUGGCACCGAAGCGCUCGCAAUCUAUGGGAUUUGCUGGUAGCGGUCUUGAUGACUUGGACGAGCGCAUGAAGCACACAAAGGACUUCAAAGAUAAGGGCUUCAAGGGUAACACGAGAGGAAACUUUAUCCAGGCUCCCUUUGCCACCCUGGAAGACCUCUUCCGGGAGCUUCCUGAGCAUGUGGGCUUCAACAUCGAGAUGAAGUACCCUAUGCUGCACGAGAGUGAAGAGCACGAGAUGGAUACAUAUGCAGUUGAGCUAAACUCGUUCUGCGAUACAGUCCUUUCCAAGGUCUAUGACCUUGCUGGAGAGCGUCACAUCAUCUUCAGCUCUUUCAACCCCGACAUCUGCCUUUGCCUAAGCUACAAGCAGCCUUCCAUCCCAAUUCUCUUCCUGACAGACGCAGGCUGUUGCGAUGUAUGCGAUGUUCGGGCAUCGUCCCUUCAGGAGGCCAUUCGAUUCGCGAGUCGCUGGAACUUGUUGGGCAUCGUGGCUGCUGCAGAGCCUUUUAUCAACAGCCCUCGUUUGAUCAAGAUCGUGAAGGAGAACGGUAUUGUAUGCUUCAGCUAUGGCGUCCUAAACAACGAUCCUAUUAUGGUUCAGCGUCAGGUAAAGCAAGGCAUCGAUGCUGUCAUCGUUGACAGCGUCCUUGCCAUCAGAAAGGGUCUGACGAACGGGGCAACACCUGCUGAGCUCAUCAACGGCCAUGCUGAAACAAAUGGCACUCUCAAGCCAACUGACGAGCUCAAAGAGAAAUUGGAGGAGUUGACAGUCAAUGGAGGGGGGCCUUGA